CAGAAUGGAAAACAACGCCCCUUGCCCGCCUUCGCCUCCUCCCCUUUGCUUUUCCCCCAGUGGCUCACUCCCGUUACAGAAGUUCUGAUUUUCUUUCCUCGAGAGCUAGAAGAAAGUCUGGUACCCACAGUGGAGUCAAAGCCUCUGCUCCCGCGUCCCGGUGGGAGAGGAGAGAGAGGAAAUCCCACUGGCAGCUGGUUCUGCAGCGGGAGAGGACGAAUGGACGGUUGAGAACUUGAGCGGCCUCCAGGGCACCAGUGGUUUAUCUCCAGGGAAAUUGAGGAACCAGUAGUUGGGAGCUCGUCUCGGCAUGGCGAACCUGUUGAAAACAGUGGUGACCGGCUGUUCGUGUCCCUUCCUGGGCAGUUUGGGGUCCUGCAAAGUUCUACCCGGGAAGAAGGAUUUUUUACGACCAUUUCAUACUCACCAGGCACUGUGGUGUAAAGCUCCUGCUAAGCAAGGAAUUCCAUAUAAGCAGCUGACUGUUGGAGUCCCCAAGGAGAUCUUCCAGAAUGAGAAGCGGGUGGCAUUGUCUCCUGCCGGUGUGCAAGCCUUGGUUAAACAGGGAUUUAAUGUUGUGGUAGAAUCUGGUGCAGGGGAAGCGUCCAAGUUCUCUGAUGACCACUACAGAGCAGCAGGUGCACAAAUCCAAGGAACAAAGGAAGUGCUGGCCUCUGAUUUGGUGGUCAAAGUGCGAGCCCCCAUGGUUAAUCCAACAUUAGGUGUUCAUGAAGUUGACCUUUUAAAGACAUCAGGAACCCUGAUUAGUUUUAUUUACCCAGCUCAAAACCCAGACUUGCUAAAUAAACUUUCCCAGAGAAAAACGACAGUUCUGGCAAUGGACCAGGUUCCAAGAGUCACAAUCGCUCAGGGAUAUGACGCGCUCAGCUCCAUGGCCAACAUUGCUGGUUAUAAGGCUGUUGUCCUGGCGGCAAAUCAUUUUGGACGGUUUUUCACUGGUCAGAUCACGGCUGCUGGAAAAGUUCCUCCGGCUAAGAUUCUCAUUGUUGGUGGUGGUGUUGCUGGGCUUGCUUCUGCAGGUGCAGCGAAAUCCAUGGGUGCGAUUGUUCGCGGCUUCGACACUAGAGCUGCGGCCCUGGAACAGUUCAAGUCUCUUGGGGCUGAGCCCCUGGAGGUGGACCUGAAGGAGUCUGGCGAGGGCCAGGGAGGAUAUGCGAAAGAAAUGUCCAAAGAGUUCAUCGAGGCGGAGAUGAAGCUGUUUGCUGAGCAGUGCAAGGAGGUGGACAUCCUCAUUAGCACGGCGCUGAUCCCAGGUAAAAAGGCUCCAGUUUUGUUUAGUAAAGAAAUGAUUGAGUCCAUGAAGGAAGGUUCUGUUGUCGUGGAUUUAGCUGCUGAGGCUGGAGGAAACUUUGAAACCACUAAGCCGGGAGAACUUUAUAUUCAUAAGGGAGUUACCCAUAUAGGCUAUACUGACCUUCCUAGCCGAAUGGCCACGCAGGCCAGCACCCUGUAUUCCAACAAUAUCACCAAGCUCCUGAAAGCCAUCAGUCCAGACAAAGACAAUUUUUAUUUUGAAGUGAAAGACGACUUUGACUUUGGUACCAUGGGUCAUGUCAUUAGAGGAACUGUGGUGAUGAAGGAUGGUGAAGUGAUUUUCCCAGCUCCCACGCCAAAAAAUAUCCCUGAAGGUGCCCCAGUAAAACCGAAAACAGUGGCCGAGCUGGAAGCUGAGAAGGCAGCGACCAUUACCCCCUUCCGGAAGACGAUGACCACGGCUUCGGCAUAUACAGCAGGUCUCACUGGAAUGCUGGGAUUGGGCCUGGUGGCUCCCAAUCUAGCCUUUUCUCAGAUGGUGACCACUUUUGGUUUGGCUGGCAUCGUGGGCUACCACACGGUCUGGGGUGUGACUCCCGCCCUGCACUCACCACUGAUGUCCGUGACGAAUGCCAUCUCAGGACUGACGGCCGUCGGUGGCCUGGCGCUCAUGGGAGGACAGCUGUAUCCGUCUACAACUUCUCAGGGCCUUGCUGCUCUCGCCACCUUCAUAUCCUCAGUCAACAUUGCAGGUGGUUUUCUGGUGACCCAGAGAAUGCUGGACAUGUUCAAGCGUCCCACAGACCCUCCGGAGUACAAUUACCUGUACCUGCUCCCUGCUGGCACCUUUGUGGGUGGAUAUUUAGCCGCUCUCUACAGUGGCUAUGACAUUGAACAAAUCAUGUACCUAGGCUCAGGUUUGUGCUGUGUUGGGGCCCUGGCUGGGCUUUCCACCCAGGGAACAGCACGUCUUGGCAAUGCACUCGGCAUGAUUGGGGUUGCUGGAGGUCUGGCAGCCACCCUUGGCGGUCUAAAACCGAGCCCAGAAUUGUUAGCGCAGAUGUCCGGCGCCAUGGCUCUGGGCGGUACCAUUGGAUUGACAAUUGCCAAACGCAUCCAGAUUACUGAUUUACCUCAAUUGGUUGCUGCUUUCCACAGUUUAGUGGGCAUGGCAGCUGUACUUACUUGCAUAGCUGAGUACAUCGUAGAAUAUCCACAUUUUGCCAUGGAUGCAACAGCAAAUCUCACCAAGGUUGUGGCCUACCUUGGCACUUACAUUGGUGGUGUUACCUUUAGUGGGUCUCUUGUCGCCUACGGGAAAUUGCAAGGUAUCCUGAACUCUGCCCCUCUUCUCCUGCCUGGCAGGCACUUACUCAACGCAGGUUUGCUGGCUACUAGUGUGGGUGGAAUAAUCCCAUUCAUGAUGGACCCAAGCUUCACCACGGGCAUCACCUGUCUGGGUGCUGUGUCCGCCCUCUCUGCUGUCAUGGGUGUGACUCUGACGGCGGCCAUUGGAGGCGCUGACAUGCCUGUUGUCAUCACGGUGCUCAACAGCUACUCGGGCUGGGCUCUGUGUGCAGAGGGCUUCCUGCUCAACAACAACCUGCUGACCAUCGUGGGUGCUCUCAUCGGCUCCUCUGGGGCUAUCCUGUCCUACAUCAUGUGUGUGGCAAUGAAUCGCUCCCUGGCUAAUGUGAUCCUUGGAGGCUAUGGCACCACUUCAACAGCUGGUGGAAAACCCAUGGAAAUUUCCGGCACUCACACAGAAAUCAACCUUGACAAUGCAAUUGACAUGAUUCGAGAAGCUAAUAGCAUUAUUAUUACUCCAGGCUAUGGUCUCUGCGCAGCCAAAGCCCAGUACCCCAUUGCUGAUUUGGUAAAGAUGCUCACAGAGCAAGGCAAAAAGGUCAGGUUUGGAAUUCACCCAGUUGCAGGCCGAAUGCCCGGCCAGCUUAAUGUGCUGCUGGCUGAAGCUGGGGUGCCAUAUGAUAUUGUGUUGGAAAUGGAUGAGAUCAACCAUGAUUUCCCAGACACUGAUUUGGUCCUCGUAAUUGGAGCUAAUGACACUGUGAAUUCAGCAGCACAAGAAGAUCCUAACUCUAUUAUUGCAGGCAUGCCAGUCCUUGAGGUGUGGAAAUCAAAGCAGGUCAUUGUCAUGAAGAGGUCUUUGGGAGUUGGCUAUGCUGCAGUAGACAAUCCAAUCUUCUACAAACCCAACACGGCCAUGCUUCUCGGGGAUGCCAAGAAGACAUGUGAUGCAUUGCAGGCAAAAGUUAGAGAAUCUUAUCAAAAGUAAAUGCUAAAGAUGAAGUGAGCAUCUGGAAAAGCAACCUCUUCAGUUGUGGGAACAGGAAAAUGGAGGAGCAGUGUAAGUGACUGAGACAUGUCCAUGACGAAUCUCUUGAAGAAAAAGAAAACUGAAGAAAGCAAAGCUAACAGAGGGAGCUUUUUCAAAAACAAUGAUCCUUUCAUUUUUUAAAAAAAGAUUGACAAUCCCGAAUGUAUUUGUGCUGAGAUAUUGUGUUUGAAUCAAAAGCAUUUUAUAAAAGGGAAAAGAACCAUUUCAGUUUUUUAUGUAAUCCCAUUGGAUUUUUAAAUUCCUGUUCAAUAACCAGAAAUAUUUUUAAGAAAUUGAGGUUCAGGAUUUCAGAAUUGUAUUACACUUGGGUCUGAACAAUCUGGCAUGUGUAAAUACUACAGACACUUCCAAUUAUGUUUUUUGACAAAUGUAACGAUUUUGAAACUUUUAUCAAUUCUUCAACAGUCCAAGUGAAACUUAACCAUAGUUUGAACUGACUACAUCAAAGCAGCUUCGAUUUUUCUAAACGUACUUCAGAUUCUAGAGUUCAAGGGUAUAUUUUCUCACUUGCAUUUUAAUGCAUUAGGAGACCAGAUCAUCUUUUGUGAAAUUUGGGAAAAGUCAUUUGCUGUAUGUUCCAUUGGAAAAUGAAUGAAAUGUGUGAGUUGGGAUUAAUAAUGCUUGUUGUGUUUUAAAGAAACCCAUUUCCAAUUACAGAUCUUUUUCUCAUGCCAAUCAAUUUAAAAUAUGUAGUACUGUAUUAAGUGCACUUGAGUGGAAUUCACCUCUUUGACAAAUAAAAUCAGUUCACCAUAUUUGCAAGUGAUGUAGCAAUUGUCUCUGGUGAAAGAUGCUCAAUCACAUAGUUCUGCUUGUUGUUAACCCCCAGGGAAGAUUUUCUACUACGAAACUAUGAAAUUAACUCGCUUAACUGUUUAUAAGGAAUAAUUUUUUUUUUAAAAAAAAUAAAAGUGUGUUUGAGGCCUUAUGUAAAUUGUAGUAUUUGAAGGGAAUUGGGGCACUUUUUUUAGCCACCUCUUUGUUUAUGCAGGCCCUAGAAAAGAUCGUGUCUUCUUGUAGUACAAGUUUAGAUUGUUUUAGUGAUUGCUGUUGUGCCAGAUGCUCCAAAUAUGGGAGAAUGUGUGAUGGAUGCAUAGGAUGUAUGAUUGAUUUGGUACUAGGCUUCUGAAAAACAAUUAUUAACUCAUUAAAAUU